CAGUUUUCUACAGUACAGCUCAAGAUUUUUGCAAAUAGACCUCUUUGCUCUGCACACACUGAUGUCAGAUCCCAUUCUAUUUGGAGAAUGUAACAGUUGGAGCAGGAAUGGCAGAAAUACAGGAAGACAGAAAUAUUCUUUGGGAAUCUGGAGUGGGAAAAGGGAGAAAAGAUGGAUUUCUCACCUUCUUGUAGCCUUCCAUCAGCUGCAGCAGCUCCACCAGGAAAGAUGGUUUUGACAUAGAUUCCUAUUGGCCCAUAAAUGCUGUCUUUCCCUCCAACAAUGCUGAAGCCCAAACCCUAAUUUAUGGAAGAAAAAUGUCUACAACUAGCAACCUGAGUACCUGAAGUCAGUUUGCAGUUGAGAAAUGAAGCAAAACACCACGUAUGCAGUAAAGUGAAACUAACAGGUGUGAAAGUGCGUGGAACAUCAGUCAAAAAUUCAAGUUCCACAUAUGCUAUACUAUAAGUCACGAUCUUAACAUGCAAACAAGCUUAUUAAUUUAACAUAGUGUUGAGAACAUGAAAAAUUCCCAAGGAGGAGGAAGAUAUCUGUGCAAGACCAAGAAUGUACUCUCUGGUGAUUUCCCAUAGCACUUACUGGGGUUCUCCCUCCAGAGCAGUCCAGCUGUUGGGAAAGCGAUUUCCGAUUGGUAUGGAGAGCAUGAGGCUGCCGCUCUCUGAAGGGCACAGCUUUCCGGGGUGUUGUGCAGUCCAUGUCCCCUAUCCAGUAUGGGUUUACACCUGUGGCACGUGGAGAGAGUGGCCAAAUUACUUCUCCUAGCUUUGGAAAUCUCUGCACAUUCAUCUGAUCAGCAGGUACCUGGCAGCCUGAGAUCCCUUUCCAGAGAGAGGCACAGUUUGGACUCCUGGAAAGCUUGAUUCCUGAGCUGCUGUUUCCUCUGGUUGCACACAAUCUGCAAAUGCAGUUGUCCUGAUUCAGAAAGAUGAAAGAUUGCAUUAAAGAAAAUGUACCACGGAUGCUAAAAGUUACAUACACUUCUAUUGCAUCUCAUGAAGAAAUGCUAAACAUGAUCUCAGAACCAGAUUGUCUCCAAGAGGAAGAAGAAUUGGCCUUUAAUGAUUGUCUGCUAUUAAUGUGGAGCGUCUGAAUUUUACGAAGCUCUUUUGUUUUUGAAGAGUGCUCCCAGUGAGUAAUAGGCCACCAAAAAAACUGCUAAUCUUGUGAGAAGCAAGCUGCAAAGGAGAUCUUUUAAUUUAUAAAUUGAGAAGCUGGUGUCCCAGCUGUGUCAGUGCUACAGUGAGUGUGCCUCAUCUUAGAAGCUAAGCAGUCCAUGAGCUGGUUGGAUGGAUGAUGCCCAAGUAAUGUCACAUGCUGGAGACACACUGAGCUAUAGUCGAUAUGAGUGAAUCUUGGAACAUGGAAAUCAAAUGAAUUAAAAAAACCAUUCUCAUUACUGCUAGCAGUCCAUUUAGAGGAGGAAAAAAAUCAUGGCUAUUUAGAAUAUAUAGUGAAAGUAGAGGACGUUCAUUGAAAUCUUUGAUGUGAGAGAUUAAUGGAUCAGACUGAGAAAUUCUUUCCCAGGAAAAAAAAAAUGAAGUUGUUCAGUUGCAUGAGAGUUCCUAACACCUUCAGGGACAUACUUAAUACUGUUGGGAAUGGAAAGCAAAAGAGCAGUGGGAUAACCUCAACAACACCACAGAAAGAAUGGAAUCAAUUUUCUUGAACAAAGGCAAGGAUCCUUCAGCUCUGAAUCACACAUCGUGAAUUUCUGAAGUGUCACAUGGAAAUGAAGAGAGUGUGUCGUACUUUAAGACUUGAAAAACACUUGCUGACUCCUUACUUAAACAGAGAAUUUUCAAGUUUAAGAUAAGACACGUGGUAUAGAAAGAUGAUGGCAGGCUUGUGCCAUAUGGAAAAUAGAAAUCACUGCUGUCAUAAUAUAGGGCAAAGCCUCAGCAUCAGCAGUACAAAUAAGGUUCCUGACCCUCCCUGUUCAGUGACACCAACACACCGACCUAAGAGGGGGUUGAUUCCCUCACCAGUGAUCCUUAUCUGUUCAACAGCAUUAGUUCUCAUUUGCAGCCGCCUUGGACUGGGCUGUGCUGGUGAUGACACAUGGAGGAUCAGAUCUUGUGAUCUCCAUCAGAUUCAUUACUGAGCAGUACUAUUAGAACUGAAUUGUUGCAGACGCCAAGGAUUUCCAGGCAGUAGGAAGAGAUAGAGAUUUGGAAACACUCUAAUAAAAGGAAAACGUGGAGAAAAACCUGAAUUUUACACGUGGUCCUGCCUGCUCAUGGAAAUGGCCAAGGAAAGUGUUGAGACACCUGCUACCCUUUCUAUUAUGUAGCCUGAAGAUUCUGGUUUUAUUGGUCUAUCACUAAAUUCACAGAGGAGGGAGUUUAAAAUGGGUUGUAAAAUUUUGCUUACGCUGUCUCAUGUUUAGUGGUCUCCUGUGAGUUCUAGAUAAAAUGUGGGCAGUGAAGACAAGCAUCUGGUCUGUGAGAAUGGCGUAUCAGGGCAAAAAGCGCAGCUGAAAUCUCUGCCUUGUGCAGCACCUACUGUAGCCCUGAAACUCUCUGCCCGUGGUAAUACAAUUGUGGCUAAUUUAUAUUUAAAGUGCUUACAAAAUGAAAAGAAUUUGGCAUCAUUUUUCCAACAAAUAGGUGUUCAGGGUAUGAGUUUUCACCUGGGUGACCAUAAAUUUGUAAUGUUAGCGCUGUUUUUUGAAUACUAAUCCUAUAGAAGAGCCAUGAUUUUGAUGCUGAGUAGUGAACAGUGGAUAUCAAGUAGCUUUCCUGGAAAGAUGGAAAAAUAGGGGUAUGAUUUUGUGCUUUAGCAAACAGUUCCUCGCUGAGCUUAAAUAGAGAGAAUAUUGGCCUCGAGUAUAAAAUGAAAUUUUAUGCUGUCAGUACCACGGAAUCGAAAUAUCAAUCAGGAAGCAGAGCUACGUACUGUUUACCAUUGAACUGCCCUGCACUGUAACACACACGUUUUUGUUUAGCAAUAGAGCACUCAUUCACACAAAUUCUCAACAGUCCCCGUGUUUCAAUCCAAGCUGAUGGAGCUGGAAGCUCCAACGGAUUGGAAAGCUUUUUUCUUUUUUUCUUUUUUUUUAAUUUUCUUCCCAUUGUCAUAUGCUAUUGCAUUUCCUGACUACGGGCUGAAUUCUGUAGUCCUUAAGCCACUGGGAGUUUUGUUCAUUCUGGAUCUGGACUUCUGCCAGAGCCAGCAGCAGAAGCAGAAAUAUCACAAGGAGGGGCUGUAUUUUCAUGAUGUUUCACUGUAACCUUUUGCAGUUUUUUUCCAUCUUCUCUGUACAGUAAUUGUUCAGCGCCCAGCGGUGAACUGAAAAGCACAUUUUUAGAAGCUGUAAGGAAAAAGAGACAGAGCCCCUCCUGCGCCUGCUGUGUUGUGCUAAUGAAUCACAGAUUUAAUGCUCAGAAGAUGUUACAAUGAGUCGGUCUCAUCAAUCUGACAAAGAGAACUUUAACCUGUAAUUCCUGUAUCGAUGAUGAUAAUAACUGCUUCAGUUUACUGUCAGUAGUAAGCGACAAUGUUAACCACAUCAUGCCCGUCUGUCAAUGGUCUGCAGAGUAUGGGGCGGCUGCCUGCUGCGUAGAUACUGCAAGGGAGGCCGAUGAUGGACAGCCAACAGUGCUGAUGAUACUGACAGCAGAGCUGAGGGAGCUAUGGUGGAAUAAGAGGAAAAUGACGUCUUUGUGCCCAAAAGAGGCCUUUCCGUGCGUCGCUUUUCAUUCAUUCAAGGUGCUGCCUUGUGCCAGCCUACCAACCAAAAGAAAUAAAAAAAGAAGAAGAAGAAAAGGGCGUAAACUCAUCACAGACCCUCCAUACACAAGGCUGAUGAAAAAAAUAGAAGAUGUCUUAUCCAGUUACAAAGCCUGCAUGUGGCUUCCUCCUCUGAUGAGCCUGUUGAGCCAAAAUAGUACCUCACUGAAUAGAAAAGCAGCCUCUGAAGGCUCGGGUCUAUCAAGCAUACUACCACCCUCAUCACCAGGAUUUCCUGUAACUAUUACCCAGUAAUUCUUGUCUUCUUCAGCUCGAUGAGAAUCCAGGAACAGGAAAUCCUUCAUAUUCAAGUCGCAGUUGUGGAUCCAAGAAGGUUGCUUGCCAGCAUGUCAAAUAGGAAAGCUCAUCUGUUAAAAAUACUUGCUGAAGAGCUUUUCAGCGUAUCCCAGAGCCAUCGAGGAGUAAAUAAAUCCAUCAUCGUUCCCAUAGCACCACACCGUGGUCAGCUCUGGGAAAGGACUAUUCAGACCUUACAGGACUAUUCAACUUUGGUCAGUUUAUUUUUCAUCACAUAGAAUCCAGAUUUGCUCCUAACAAUUGUUAGCUUUAUUAAGUGGAAUUGUUUCAUGUUUUGUUUGCUAACUUAUGCUGGUGUACCAACUGACCAGACUUAAAGGAAAUGCCAAACCUGGUCCUGCAAAAGAAGUUGUUAAGAAUAGCCCUGGUGGUUGUAAACCUCUGGCAUGGACUGAUCAAAGUAAUGAGCCUCAGUCUGUAAAAAUCAGGAGGGAUGAUUCUGUUCCCAUCAGCAGGAAAAUAUUAUGGAAGCCUGGCAGCAUCUCAGGAAGCCUCUGCAGAAAGAUUUCUGAGUUUCCCACCCAGCAAUGCAUUCAGGAAAGGACACGCCAAACCUGCCCUAAAUUCCCGGACUUCAGUGCUUUAAAGUUUUGUCUUUGGAAAGAUUAACACUGCAAGGACACUGUGUCAUCCUCAGGUUUCCAACCUUUCUGGGUGACAGACAACAGCAACAUGAAGAAAAGGAAACAUCUGAAGUGAAUGUCCUGAGAUGGGGAAAUCAGAAGAUCACCCCAAAUGACACCAUGGACAGCCGAGGCUCUAAACUCAGAAUUCAUAUUUUGUUACCCAAUGGCACAAGCACUUCUCUCCUUUAAAACACUCCUAAUUGUGGUUUUGAGUUUGUUUCAACAAGAAACUUACUGAUUGAUCAAUCAAAGACCCUGUUGCUGUUUGAUGCUGCUGGACCCAUCAAGCCAGAAUGCAUAUUUAAAAAGACGGAAAUCGAAGACACCUAACCAUUACUUAAUGAUAUACACAUGUCAGCUGCCAAAGGAGCAUCCCCCUGAUGUCUGGGGUGUAAAUGCAGCCGUGUCUUGAGACUGGGACAAGAGGUGCUAUCAAGACAGCAUUCAUCAGGGGCUGAGAAGGGAGUUUUGAAUCACUAGCAAGUUUGCUGCAUCGACACCAUCACCCAGUCCUGUUGCCACUCGUUUUCUUUCCCCCCAUCCUCACAGAGAUGCUACAAGGAUUUAGUGGUCUAUCUGUCUGGCUGCAAGAGCUUGGAGUCAAAUGUCUACUCAGCAUGCAGUUCUACAAGACACAAGCAAUGGAAUACUGAGAAAGUUUUGAAUGGAUCCGGUUCUGGUUAAAGGAAACAGAACUUCCCCAAUGUUCUCUUAAGAAUUCUGCCUAUUUAAGUGGAAUGGGACCAAUCCAUACUUAAGCAAAUAUUCCAGUACUAGCAAAAAUGUAGUUUCCAGUAGUUUCCUGUAAAAUGCAUUCAUAUAUUUUAAUUCCAAAUAUUUGUAAUUAUAAACAACGAUGACAAAGUAAAAAAAAAAAAAAAAAAGAGAGAGUUCUGCAUCCAGGGCUGUAUAUAAAUAAAGGGAAUAUAUAUGUCAGCAUACGUUUUAGUAAGGGAGGGGCCCAGCUCACACUGGGAUGGCUGCUGCCCUUCCUCAUUGAUGUGCCAUUUAUCCACUUACGCAGCUGCUGCUGAAACAUCAGCAUUUACAGCCAGAUUGAACAUGAGUUUGGUGCUAUUUGGUCUGAGCAGUUUUGGUACUUAAUAGUUGGUAUUGAGUAGCUGUUAAGCAUCCUUUCUGCCAGAAGCUGAGCUGCUCCUGUGUAGCAGGGGAAACUUGGAGAGAGGAGAGACCAGAGGAAGAAACAGAGAACCUAUUCCAAAAUCAGCCUGCUGAUUUCACAGAUUGAUGCUCUAAGAGGAAGAUGAUAACGAUCAAAAUAAACAAGCAAGUCAAACUCCAGCUCUGUGGAUGAGAGCCUCAGUUCUCCAGACUCUUACUGAUACUUUUCUGCUCAGGAAAGCCUUGCUCACUUUGCCAUGAGUGAUUCCUGAAGACAAGUUGUACCGGCACUCAUUAUGUCCUUCCUGCUCUUCCUCUGGAAAGAUCCAGUUCCUCUUAAUCAUUCUGAAUCUCAGCACACAGCCAUGGGACAUGCCUCCCAUCCUCUGCUAAGAUGUAAUGAUGAAAUAACAUAUAUAAGACUUCAAAAUAAUGGAUAAAUUCUUCCUUCAGAAUAACCCAGUCGUUUCUUUAUAGAAAGAGUUUCAGGAACAGUGAAAGACGUGAACCCAUAUCAUUAGAAGAGCUGACUGCAGUAACUCUUGAUGACGUGCUUGCUAUUCCAGACCGUAUCCCAUCCAACGAAGAACACUGUCCUGCAGAGCUUACACUCAAACCCAAUGAAAUGCGCAUGCUUACAAAGGUACCGCAGAACUAAAUAAUACACUGAUGUGCUUCCAGAAUCUUUCUGGCAACAGCUUUUUAAACAUUAAAGGUAGAGUUUUGUAUUUACACUGCAGUUUAUGGAUAGCCAUAAACAUUAUAGAAGACAUUUCCUAGCUGUGAAAGGGCUGAAGAUCUAAAUCUACCUCACCUCUUCUAAUUUAUUUUGCGCCAUAAAUGAUGUUGAAAUAUACUGAAUUUAACAACUUUCAAAUAGUUUCUGUACUUCGCUUGUGUAUUUUAGAAAAGUAAAUCGUAUAAACGCACUUCCCCCCCAGUCAGAAGUAAGUAUGACAUCAUAUAAAGGGAAUGUACACAACCCCAAAAGUGUCCUGCUGGUUUGUGUUAGCUUCCCUGGUCAGAUUCAUCCUGCGUAGCUCUAGUUAAGCUUUACCAGUUUGAAAAUAGGCAGAUAUCUGUUUGAACAAAGAGGGAACAAAGAGUUCACUGCGGGGAGAAGCUUCCCUGCACCCAGCAAACAUGGAGCAAAGCUGAUAGGAACAUUCCAAAGAUGGCCGUGAAGACUUAUCUCAGCAAAGCCCCUCAGAAGUCCAGCAUGUUGGUGAGGCAUUGGCACAGGCUGCCUGGAUGGUGGUCCCUGGAGGUGUUCAAGAACCGUGGGGAUGUGACACCGAGGGACCUGGUCAGUGGCCAUGGUGGGGGUGGGCUGAUGGUUGGACUAAAUAAUCUUUGUGGUCUUUUCAAGCCUUAAUGAUUUUAUGAUUCUAAAAUGAACCCCUGGAAAGGGCAAGGAGACCAGCUCUCCCCGCAACCCAGCGCCUUGCAAGAGUCUGCCCCAGCCAGAGCUCGCGCUCAGCCUGAGAUGUGUUUGCCAUCCAGUGUUCUGGGCCAGCAUUAAGACAGAUGUGGUAUUGAGGACCAAAGACUGACUUUACCAAAAAGAAAGGAUGCUGACAGAAGGAAUCAAGCACAUACUUUUUACACCGAUCCAGCAGCAAAUGUUUGUUUGUCAGUUUGUUCCAAAAAGCAGCUGAGGAAAGAAGUGGAGAUGAAUCUGAGCAAAAAUCAAGGAUGGGAAAGUUCAGAGAUUGCGGUGAUGGCAGAGCUCCCUUGUAAAACGAGAGCAGGAAAAAACUGCAAACAGAAACAAGUCCAUUGUCAGCAUGGAGCCACCGCUCCCCCUUCCAGUGGAGUCUACUUUAGCUCUGAAGCUGGAAGUAAAAGUGCUCCAUGAAGGCUCGGAUUCUGGAUCACAGCCUGCAGCUCCACAGUCACACCUGCCCGUGGGAAUUUGAACACAGCGUUCCCCAGGUGCUGCAAUUGGGUCAGCAGCUCCAGCAUGGGGCUCAGGCACAGGCAUGGCUCUGUGGGAGCUGGGCAGCUUCAUCACUGCUGGCAGCAGACACCACCCAGGGCGCAGGAAGGGAAUGUGUAUUUAUCAUCUCCAGGCAGACUAUGGAGCAGGAGCAGUUCUGUAUAAUGGCUUUGCUGCAGCACAGUUCCUUAUGGCUGGAAGCGAGGACAGGGCCUUCCUUUCCUGAAGGCAUCGGAGGACACACUGGGGCUCUACACCCUGAUGCGACACAGCUGCAGUUUCUUACAGGAUUUGAUUUUCAGGACCAAAAAUUAAAGAAAAAGAAAGAAAUUGAGAAAGAAAUCGAGAAAGAAAUCUCUCUUCAGCAUUACAGGCUUUUUUUCAAGAGGGUGGUGACUGCCAACAUUACCAUGGAAACCCCCAAAAAUAAAGACUUUCCCAGCCUUGUGAGAGCACACCUGCAAGGACAAGACCGGCAGUUAGCCUUUUGCCUGUCAAAAGCGAAUCUCCUUCAUUCUUGGUGUCACCUAAGGACAUUUUUUUACCAUCGGACUGGAGCUUUCUGUUGUACACAUGACAAGCUUUCAGAGAAGGAGCCUGGUGGUUAUGAGAGGAAACUUCCAUGGAACUAUGCAGAAUUGAUAACUUUUAAAGCCCGUUUUGCUUCAACUUCUGAGCACCAUUCUACAUCUGCAAAGCGCACUUCUCAUCCUGGGGAGAGUCAUCUCCAGCCCACCGGGAUUCUCAAAGGAAAAGGGAAAACAACACAGCAAAAGCUUCAAAGAUACUUGCAUUUCACUACAACUCUUUGUGAGCACUACAACCUGCAGUGCCUUAGCCAGCAACGCUAUCUCUGAAGUUUCAAAGAUAACACCAAUAUGCCCCUGCAGUAUGUACCACUCACUUCAGCUGCUCAUCAGCCUGCUCCAACACUACCAACUCCACUUACAGGCUUAUAUGGGAACUGUUGAGUCACAGCCUGAACCUCUGAUUGACCACCUGAGGCGAGCACCGAGUCAGCUGCGGGAGCACAGGUGAAGGCAAUUCAGCUGUGUGACCAGAAGGGGUUACACAGACCCCCCAUUUAAGGCCUGACUGCCAUUGAAGAAGGAUUUCUUCCUGGAGAUUGCCCUUUGUGGAGUUUUUGUGAGCCUACAACACUGACACGUUGCAGAUGCCCUUCAGCAUCCCCUGGUAUAUCUGGAAGCAGCCCCAAGUGCGGGGCACAGUAACAUGAAAGCACCAGGCUAGACCAGGAGGAAGGGUGCACAAGUGGAGCAGGCCCUGCCCCAGCUGUGAGCCCUGCAGGCCUCUAGCACCGUCCCCACACAUCCCACGCUAACUUCUGCCCCAUCUAGGAUCUAUGCAAAGGAAGGGUGGAGCCGGUUCCUCACCUCCCUUCUGCAGCCACACAAGAUAGCACAUCCUGAAAGCAUUAUGUUUGCUGCAGCCCCUUUUUCCUCCUUCCCCUCAGCGUAACUACAGGAAAAAAAAGGAAGGGCAGGCUGGGACACUAUCUCGGCUUCCACGCAGACAUGCUGGAAGGGAGGGAGAUGCAAAGGAUAGCUGAGCAGCCAGCCACAAACACUUAGGAGGCGCAGGACCUCCCUGUAGAUGGCCUUGGCUUCCUCGGAGCCCCCUGGGAGCCCUACAGCUGUUCCUGCCAUCCAGAUGGGAAAACACACGUGCACGCAUGUGAAAGUCUCUGAGGAAAUACCUGGGGAGGACUCCUCUGCUGGAUAUUCCAGCAAACAGGAUUAUCUAAAGUCAAGGUUAGAACAGCAGGUGUCUAUCUGUACAUGUAUGUGUGUGUAUACACAGACAGACACAUAUGUACAUGAGAGAACUUUCUCACUAAGCUGCAUCCAUGCCUCUGCGGCACGCAGUGAUGAAGUUAGACUGCAGCACAGUGCAGUGUGAAAGUCACACCCCCAUGGGAGUAUAGGUUGGAUGGAUUCUCCACAAAGAUAAGUGCAAUUCAUAGAAGUCAAAAAGUUUCAUUUCAAAAUAAACAAGACCCAAUACUGGGGUCCACUAUACUGAAGGAAAACUGUUUUUUUUUUCUGACCCUGAGGAUAUGGAUAUAUAAGCUCAGGGUGUAUCUUCUUUGACAGGAGGUAUUUGUCCACUACACGUUUUACUCAUGUUUGAAAUUAAGUAAAAGCACGACAUGCAGGACAAGAGAAACACAAAUGCUAUGGAGGAAAGACCUUUCACUGACUGCUCUAUUUCCAUAACCAAGGACCUACUUCUUUAAGGAAACAAACAGUAGUUGUACAGUACACGUUUAAACCACAGUAACAACAGUCUUAAGGUACAUUUUCCAAUAGAUUUCAACGCUGUUCCAUUUGCAGAGCUGUAAGAAAAAAAUCCAGUUAUGCAAUGGAGCUGGGCAGACGGAUGAGGCCUACUCACACAAAGACUGGCUUUUCGUAUUUACUUUUCAGGGAACGUAUAGAGGGUAACAGAUGGCACAAGCCCACAGAUAUCAAGCUGAAAAGGUCGCUGCAGUUACACUAACUACUGUGGUGUUCUCUUAGGUCCACCCACAGCUCCCAAGGAAUCCAACUAGAGUUGGACCGGGCCUGAGCAUUAGCUAACUUUUCGUGGUAUCUGCAGCAUCAAAUUUCAUGUACUUUUGACAGAAACCUGCACUGAACAGCUCCAACGCCAACCUCUGAGCCAUCAGUGCCCAGCCCAAGCCUUCACACUCCUACGCUGAAUAAGCAGGGCUAUCCAGCAGGUAGGUUUUUUUUUCAUCCCAAGAAGUCCUUAAUGAAAGCUCACAAGUUUCAUGCACGUGGCCCACAACAUCUGCAGCAGUUCUAACACACAAGCGUCUCCAAGAUAACACAGAAUGCUGAUGAAGACAAAGCCAGCCUAUGUCACUCGGCAGCAACCACCAGGGCCCUGCAGAUAGAGUAAUCCCAGUGCACACAGCACUGCCUGGCGCUCCACAAAUACAAUGAAAGAGUAUCUCUAUCAGAGACGUCCGUCCUGAGGAGGCCGGACAGCAGUCAGGAAAAUAAAAGAACUGAAUUGAAGCCUGUGUGCUGCUGUCUAGCACUACUUACAUUUGUACCACCCAUUCCCUGGGGAAAAUGACACAGAAUGCAAACAGGCCUCGUUGUUCAAUUAUUCAAGUAUUAAGAGAUGCACAGAAAAGACAUCUGAGAAACAUAACAUUUUAAUAGAUGAAAUAAAUACUCCAGUACAUGCAAGAUAAAAACUGACAUUGGAAAAAAAAAAAUUAAAAAUCACUUCUGUUAUAGUGUAA